AAACCCGAAGACGAGGAUUGUCAAACUACCUACUACGUCCGUAGACGUUAAUAUCAAUAUCAUAAGCAGCUAACGUGUGACGUAUGGCUGAUAGGAAUUAUGUUUACAACCCAGUUGCUACUGGUGUGCCAGUCAACCAGCAAGCGCAUACGAUGGAGGCGGGACAAUUGUGGCGGCAAUACAUAAUCGCCGGCGUCGCGAACAUUGCUAUCGCGGCUACUGGCUUCUCUAUGGGAUGGACGUCGCCGGUGAAUAUCAAGUUGCAGAAUGUAACUGACUCUCCUCUCGACAAACCCAUUACCAGCAAUGAGGAAGCCUGGAUCGGAUCACUGCUCAACAUUGGCGCCAUCAUCGGUCCGUUCAUCGGUGGUUUAGCAGGUUCCAAAAUAGGUCGCAAGUGGGGUUUGAUCUCCUCUUCAAUACCGUUUUUCAUAGGGUGGAUCCUAAUCGCAAUAGCCAAGAAUGUCGGCAUGCUUUACGCUGGCAGAAUAUUUUGGGGUAUAUCUGUAGGUAUGCUGUUCACUUUGACGCCGAUGUACUGCGCUGAGAUUGCAACGGACGAAGUUCGGGGCGCGCUAGGUUCCUUCUUGCAAGUGUUCGUUACCAUUGGUUUCCUCAUAGUGUACUGCAUUGGGCCGUUCAUCUCAUACGCAGCGAUCGCUUACGUUGGUAUAGCUGUGGUGGCUGUCUUUGACAUCGCCUUCUUCUUCAUGCCAGAAUCACCUAUUUAUCAAUUAAGUAAAGAUGACCGCGAGUCUGCAUCUAAAAGUCUGGCCACCAUUCGAGGAAAAUCAGAGGCUGGAGUACAAGCUGAACUUGAUAAAAUGGCUAGCGAUGUGAAAGCGGCUAUGGACAAAACUGCUACGAUAAAAGAUGUGUUCCGUGGCGGUAAUUUCAAGGCGUUCUAUAUUUCGUGCGCAUUGGUAUUCUUCCAGCAAUUCAGUGGUAUUAACGUUGUGCUGUUCUACAUGACAAACAUCUUCAAAGCGGCAGGAUCCGAUCUGGACCCGGCUAUUGCCACUAUCAUUAUUGGUGCUGUUCAGGUGGGUGCAUCAUGCAUUACCCCAUUCGUCGUAGACAGACUCGGACGACGACUGUUGCUGCUGAUCUCUUCGUGUGGCUCUGCCAUUGGUCUAGCUCUCCUCGGUAUGUACUUCAUCUUAGCGGAGAAUGACAGUAGUGUUGCCGAAAGCAUCGGCUUCCUACCACUCCUGUCGCUCGUUUUGUUUAUCGUAACCUACUGCUGGGGUCUGGGGCCGUUACCCUGGGCAGUUAUGGGUGAACUGAUGCCCAUGGAAGUGAAGGCUAUCGCUUCUCCAAUAGCCACUGCUUUCUGCUGGACUUUGUCCUUCUUUGUUACAAGAUACUUCAACAGCAUAGCAGUGGCAGUUGGCAUGCACGUGGCUUUCUGGUUAUUCGGCGCGUGCUGUGUAGUGUCGUUCUUCUUCGCGAUGUUCAUAGUACCUGAGACUAAAGGCAAGAGCUUGCAGGAGAUCGAAGACAUGUUAUCUGGCAGGACCAAAAAAGGAGAGCAAUCAUAAACAGAUCAACUGUUGGACCCUAAAAAGCUCCGUGUAUAAGUAUAGCAUAUCUUUAGUUUAACCUAACUUAAUUAUAUUUUAUACCACAGAAACCCGAAUUUAACAUUAUGAUUAAAACACAGACCAAAGAGAAACAUGAAAAAAAUAUGAUUUCAGAAUUUUCUGUGAGUGCAAUACCUUAUAUUUUGUUAUUGUUAUAGGAAUUCUGUGAUAAUACGAAUAUAUAAAAUAUGUAAUAAUACUAAUUCCAUAUUAUUGUAAAGUAAAGGUACAUUAAUCUAUUUAUUCUCUAAGUUCAAAAAAAAAUUAUACAUUCCGUUCUCAGUUAGGCUAGAAGUUCAUGAAUGAAAUUUUAAUAGUGUUCUGUAUUUUUACCCGAUUCUCAUAACAGGGUAGCUUAGGUCAAUGCGAUUAUUGUACUCGUAGUUCGUAACACCGUGUAAGUAUAGAUUUCAUUUAACCUACUUAAUAAUAUAGAUACAGGAAGCUAUAUGUAGUAGAAGGUAUGCACGUGUUAUGUAAAUAUUGUGAUAUAGUUUUUUUGUUAUCAUUUUGUAAAUAUUAAAUUAUUUUUAACCCAUAGACGAUAUUACAUCUGCCUCAUUUAUUAUUUCUAUAUUUGUUUUAUUACUGUUGAAGUCUUUCUUUAAAGUAAUUUUCAGUCAAUUAU